AUGUCAGAUUUAAUAAAGAUCACACAGUGUGAUGUAGAAGAUGCUCAUGCAAACACCGACCAAGAAGUGAUAUAUAGAAAACUGAUAUCGGAAGCUAGAUAUCAACGGGAUCCCGAGACCGGAAAUACGUUGAGACCUUGGAAAUUUGAAGUUGUGCAGGGCUUUUUUAAGCAAUCAGAUGAGUCCACUGAUGAAUUGAGCUUUGACUUAAUAAGGGAUAAUUUUGGGCUGGCUUUGGGCUCUUGGAGUGCGCUCAAACUCAAACUCCAUGAACUAAAUCUCAACGGAAGCCCGAAUGAGUCAUACAAGCUUCUCAUAUGUGCUCGGCAUGGGCAGGGUUAUCACAAUGAAGCAGUGUCGAUAUUUGGGAUCGAAGAGUGGAAUAAUCAUUGGUCUCAUUGCACGGGGACUACUUUACCAGAUGGUAGAGAGAUUGUAUGGGGACCAGACCCAAUGUUGACACCCUUGGGUGAGAGACAGGCUGACGAAUUGAAUAAAGCAUGGAGAAAACAAAUUGAGCACGGGGCACCAAUUCCCACCAAAUAUUUCAGCUCUCCAUUCACUCGAUCUUGCAUGACCCUAGUUCGCACUUGGAGAGGCAUUUCGAUUUGUGAAGAAAAUGAAGAUCAAAGUAAACUUCUUUCCUCCAAAAGACAUUUCCCUAUCGUCAUGGAGAAUUUGAGAGAAACGAUAGGCUCUCAUCUAUGUGAUAAGAGGUCUCCAAAAAAAAUUAUUGCUCAAAGAUUUUCUAGAUUUGGCUUCACUUUUGAGAAAGGGUUUCAGGAAGAAGACAUUUAUUAUAGAGACGACUGGAGGGAAUCUUUGAGCGAACAGAGCCUUCGAGCUGACGCGUUUUUGCAAGAUGUAUUUGAAAAUUAUCCAGACGAUAUAUAUAUCAGUUCAACUUCACAUGCUGGGGAAAUUCGUGCUAUAAUCACAGCACUGGGCCACAGAAAGUUUGCGAUUCCCACAGCCGGUACUUUACCAAUAGUUGUGAAAGGAACUCGAAUCCAAGAGGACUUGGUUCUUUGA